ACAGGGACCCGUGGUUCUUGUCAAGUCAUGCGUCUGCCCACCCCCAUCUCCAACUUAUCACCCAACCACAGUCUGGGUGCGGACUCAUCUGGACGACAUGACAUCUACAUUACCGACCCAUUAAUUGCUGUUUGUCCUAGUGCAGAUGUACCCCUGGGUAUAUGCGUGACCAUCAUGGUAUGCAUGUCCUUUCUUUUGACUUUUCUCCAAAAUUUAAUGCUGUUUGCCUUUUUCUGCCCCUUUGUUCUAGUCGACGGACCUCAUUGCUUCUUUGGUCUAUUACUGUACCCCUCGAUUGCCCAUGUACAUUCUUCUGUCUCGUGGGGGACCUGCAUGUAGUAUACGUUGUAAUCAUGUAGCGCACUCACCCUGGUUCUACAAAGUGCAGCUCACAGCUAUGCAGAGCCACAUGCCUAAGAUUAGGCACGCGACAAGGAGAGGGGUCUGUGG